AUGUUAACAACAUCUCCUUUGUCGAAAUUUGAAGAGUUAUGGAACUGGGAUGAAAGCACUGUUCCAGAUUGCUUGGUCGGCGAACCAUUGAUAAAUUAUUCUAGAAAUCAUUAUCCUCAAACAUUAGUCUGUCAUGAUAUGAAAGGUGGAUAUCUCGAUGAAGAGAAAUUGGAUGGUUGUGAAGUUGCAGAUUCCCAGUCUCCAUUUGUAUUUUUUCAUUGGUGGUAUAUUGAUAUUUUUGUGUAUUUCUCACAUAAUUUUGUUACGAUUCCACCUGUAGGCUGGAUUAAUCAAGCUCAUAUGCACGGUGUUAUAGUGCUUGGGACUGUUAUUACUGAAUGGGAUGAUGGAGCAAAAUUGUGUAAAGAAUUUCUUAAGAAUGAAGAAACUGUCGUAAAAAUUGUGCGGAAUUUAGUAAAGAUUGCUGUAUAUUAUAAUUUCGAUGGAUGGCUGAUCAAUAUCGAAAAUAAGUUGGAGGAAGAUUGUUUAACAUAUCUUGAUAUUUUUUUGCAAACACUUACCAACAAAAUGAGGCAAGCAAUUGGUGAAAGAAGUCGAGUAAUAUGGUAUGAUUCAGUUACUGUGAAAGGUGAACUGAAGUGGCAAAAUGAAUUAAAUGAAGAGAAUCAGUAUGGUUUCUUUUUACUUUGUUUUGGAAAUCGAACGUUUGCAAAAUGGUUUGACAUAACGGAUGGUAUUUUUUUAAAUUACAUCUGGGACAAUAGUCAUCUGUCAAGAAGUAGUGUGAAAGCAAAACAUCGCACUCGAGAUGUCUUUGUUGGAAUCGAUUGUUUUGGACGACAGUGUUUCGGAGGUGGUGGUUGGAAUAGUCAUAAAGCUUUCACGUAUCCACGAUUACAUAACUUAUCGAUCGCUUUGUUUGCCCCUGGAUGGAUUAUUGAAACUAUGCCCCGUCGUGAUAUCACAGUCAAUGCGUUACGUUUCUGGGAUCGUUUGGUUACAUUUGUCAAACCUCAUCCUUUGACGACGCUACCCAUUGACUCUAACUUCAGUUUUGGUUUAAAAUAUGAAAAUGGUUGCAAAUAUUAUUGCUUGACAGAAGCAAAAAUGCAACCCCAUUAUUUAGAAAGUGGUGCAUUUCCAGCAUCUUAUGGUAUGCAUAUUGAUCUUCCAGGACAAGCUUCGUAUAGACUGUUUGUGACGAAUCUGCUUUUGAAUGGUGUGUAUGUUGUAAAAGCUGAUUGCGACGAUACACUGGGACUUGUUUUCUGGAAAAAAGACAAAAAAGGGAAAGAAGUUGAAAAUAUUCAACAGAAAGUCGGGAAAGUACGAAACAUGUGGAAUUUGCAUAUAGAAAACGAAACAGUAGUUGGAAUUGGCGUGUUAUCAUCAAAUAGUACUAUUUUACGAAGUUUCGUUUUACGCCCCUUAUCUCCUAUUAUUGACUCAUGUUAG